AUGAGUCGCGAAGCAGCCUUCCGCACAGGGGUGGUGUGGGUCGAAAGCAUCUUGCAAGACCGUGAGUCGCCGGGCGGGGUCUCAUGCAAGCGCAUUGCAGCAUGUGGUUAUAGUAUCUUACAGUAUAUCAUACAGUAUUUUCUGGUAUACUAUAGUAUCACCACGCUCGGAGGAACAUGCAUGUCCUUAAAGCCGUCUGCUGUGCCAGCUUCUCGCAAUCCUGAGACCAACAGGUGGGAAGCCAUUAAAACCCUGGUCAUGAGCCAGGCCCAGAACGUUUUCCGCAUUCCCAGCCCUUCAAUCUCACCCUGCUUUGCGAACGUUUGGGUCGCACGAUGGAUCUUGGCCAUUCAAUGCUUUAUUCAGAGGCGGUGCGCCCUUCCGCUCGGCGCUCAGGUUUCGGGCAUUUGCAGCGUUCUGCCAGAUGCGGCGGCGGCGUACAGCGGAGAUGGACAAGCUCGCCUCGGCGCACUGCUUGGAACGUCUGCGCCGGCGCCUCCGACCCGGAGGCCCAAGAUGCCCAAGCCCUCCUCCCAGUCCGACUGCAAGUUCUCCGGUGCCGAAACUGGCGCUGGACCUGGAGCAUCUGCGUGCGAAUUUGAAGUGAGCCAAAGUAGCAGAUGUCCUUCUGUAUAG